GACUUGCAGCGGGCUGUGAGGGACGCUAGCGUGUCUUUGUCCUAGGAAAUGUGCUUCAUGUUUGCCUUCUUUGCCCCUUUUUUAUUCCGAAGCAAGACUUGCAAAGACUUCUGAAACUACUUUUUUCAUGCUCCAUCGAGGAUACAAUACGUAUACCGCCUACAAAGAAAUCCUGGAGGGGUUUUGUGUGAGUUAGUUUUCGUGUGUGUGUGUGUGUGUGUGUGUUUCUUUUUACUUUUACUUACUUUGUUUUGAUCAUCUGAGGUCGGGCCUCUGUCUUUGUGAAGUUAAGAGAAGAGCCAGGAGCUACUCAGCAUUGAUUUUUUUUUUUUCCUUGAAACUUACUAUUUGGGGGCGAAACCAAAGAGCUGGUUUUCUUUGCUAGCCCAAUAAAUGCUAUUUAUGAAGAUGGACCUGUUGAACUACCAGUACUUGGACAAGAUGAACAACAAUAUCGGCAUUCUGUGCUACGAAGGUGAAGCUGCUCUCAGGGGCGAGCCCAGAAUGCAGACCCUCCCUGUGGCCUCUGCCCUUACCAGCCACCGCACAGGCCCUCCUCCCAUCAGUCCCAGCAAGAGGAAGUUCAGCAUGGAGCAAGCCGACGAUGACCUAGACUGUGAAAAUGACCAUGUUUCCAAGAUGAGUCGCAUCUUUAGCCCCCAUCUGAACAAGACGGCCAAUGGCGACUGCCGGAAAGACCACCGGGAACGGAGCCGCAGCCCCAUCGAGCGUGCGGUGGCCCCCACCGUGAGCCUGCACGGCAGCCACCUGUAUGCGUCUAUCCCCAGCCUAACGCUGGAGCAGCCCCUUGCCCUGACCAAGAACAGCAUGGACGCUAGCAGGCCAGUCGGCAUCUCACCCACGCUGGCCCCGGCCGAGCGGCAGCAGAACCGGCCUUCCGUGAUCACGUGCGCCUCUGCCAGCAACCGCAACUGCAACCUCUCCCACUGCCCCAUCGCGCACAGUGGCUGCGUGGCCUCCCUGCCCACCAACUACAGGAGGCCCCUGAGCACGACCACCACCUGUGACCCCGUGGUGGAGGAGCAUUUCCGCAGGAGCCUGGGCAAGAACUACAAGGAACCCGAGCCAGCCCCCAACUCGGUGUCCAUCACAGGCUCUGUGGAUGACCACUUUGCCAAAGCCCUUGGUGACACGUGGCUUCAGAUCAAAGCGGCCAAGGAUGGUGCCUCCAGCAGCCCGGAGUCAGCCUCGCGGAGGGGCCAGCCUGCCAGCCCCUCCGCCCACAUGGUCAACCACAGCCACUCCCCCUCCGUGGUCUCAUGAGCAGGACGUGCCCUUGAACACGACGCGGAUCUGCAUGGUUUGCCUGAGCUUUGAACAGUCGUGCUU